AUGGGCUGCUUCCAGUCCAAAGAGGACGCCGCAGGCGCGGCGCCGCGGCCCGCGGCGGCGUCGAAGGAGCGCGAAGUAGCGCAGCUCAAGAAGCUGGUGUGGCGCUCCGAGGAGCCCCUCGACGCAGCUGCCCUGCAGCGGAAACGGGAGGAGUUCUGGGAUACCCAACCCUACUACGGCGGCAGCAGAGAGAUCUGGGACGCGCUCAAGGCGGCCUGCGCCUCGGACCCCGAGAUGGCCAAGGUCCUGCUCGACGCGGCCGAGGUUAAGGUGAUGAAGGCCGACAUGAGCGUGAGCUACGACGCACGGGGCUUCAGAUACGAGCUCCCGCCCUUCGUCCUCGCGGACCCCUCAAACCUCACGGCGUGA